AGUGGUUUCUCCCCCUCUCCAGCUGAUCGGAGCAGGAUUCCCCGGUCACUCCGUCUGUCGUUGGCUUUGACGGCUCCAAUGUGUCAACGUCGAUUUAAACUGUUUUAAUUUUACGGAAUCAGCGGCCGCUCGUGUCGGCAAGUCGUUCCUCGUCUAGUGGAACCCUGAAAGAUAAUCUGGCCAGGAUACUGACUUUGUAUCUGUCAAAGCCAGGGGAUCUAAACGCGAAUACGAGGCCCUCAUUCUAUCCCCGGAUUCACCUGCUACGCUGAGAGCCUGACACGGAAGACCGACAUGGGGGACACGGGGAGCGAGGGCAGAAAGCCUCCGAGUAAUGUCAACGUUAUACCCCCGCGCUGCCCCUGUGGGUUCUGGGGGUCAAGCAAAACAAUGAAUCUCUGCUCCAAAUGUUUUGCAGACAUCCAGAAGAAACAGCCAGAUGAUGGUUGUGCUCCCAAGGCCUCUUCAAGCUCCAGCAACAGCCAAGAAAACAUCUUCUGUAAUGAAACAAACAGCAGCAUUAGUCAGUCCCUGAUGUCGACGCCUAACGCUUCAGAAGGCCCAUCGCCAGGAGAGGUGGGCAUGCCAUCUCUACCUCCUCAGGACGAAGUCUCCAGCACAGACACAGUCUUCAGUUCACUGUCCACUCCCACAAAACGCUCCUUUGAGUCAGCCUUUGAGUCAGAAAGUGAUGUUACACCCAAGAAGCGAGCGAGAGUGGGUGAUUUGCCAGAGGUUGAGGAGUCUUCAUCAUCUUCGUCAUCUUUGUCUGCAUCAUCAUCCUCGUCUCGCAGCGGCUGUAAACAGCGGAGCCGCAAACGUUGCCAUCGCUGCCAAACCAAACUGGAGCUGGUACAGCAAGAGCUGGGCUCCUGUCGCUGCGGUUACGUGUUCUGUAUGCUCCAUCGGCUCCCAGAGCAGCAUGAGUGUCUGUUUGACCACCUGGGCCGUGGCCGUCAGGAAGCUGUCCUAAAGAUGGUCAAGCUUGACCGCAAGGUGGGCCGCUCUUGCCAACGCAUCGGGGAGGAGUGCUCCUGAUCACGCUCUGUGUUCAGGCGGUAUCUUAGCACUAACAGGGAUUUGAUUUCCCCCCCAACCCCCCCAUUUGUCAUAGUUCUUCAGGAAAUUGAAAUAUGGAUACACCCCUCCACUUUUUUUCUUUUUAAACUAUGCUCGCCCUUUUUAAAUCCCAUGGUUACUUGUAUCCCAGUUUUUUCCCUGCUGCUAAGAUGCCUAUGGAAAAUCUAAACCCAUGAAUGACAGAAUAAUAAUGAGCAAAGAAAAUAUACUCUUUCACAUUUUUGCUAGCUCCUGACUGCACCGGUGUGGGAGGAAUAAGAAUGAUUAAAAGGAUGAAGAGAGGAAAUACAAAUGUACAUCCCAGAACCCUUUUUAGGACUCUAUUCUUUACCUCAAAAAAA